AUGCAGAAUUCCUUGACCCCAUGCGAAGCUCGUAUGCUAGAGGCAGCGCGAGAGGCUCAAGACUCAGUGGUGGCAUCUUUGUAUGCCGCCACAGUUUGCAGCAUCUCAAGGCGCGCCAUGGGAUCAGUGGUUGCCAAGAUAUUCCAAAUUCUCGAAGACGAUGUGAAACACUCGCAACCUGACAAGUUUUCUCGACAGUUCAGCACAACGUCGGUUGUGCAUCUUGUUGGUGGCAUUAUCUGUACACCUCCUGGCAACGCCUUCUUGCCGCGCUACAUGAUGUCGCUCGCUACUCAACUCGAAUGGCUGUACGAGGGCUGUACCCUGUAUGACAAGCAGCAACAAUCCGCAUCCCCUGACCAGGUGUUACACAACAGCCUUUUCCAACGUCGACUUCGAUGCAAGUUGGCUGUGCGGCUUCAGCUUGUGGGCGUCAUCGGGCCUAGCAAGCAUGCUGUCUUGACCAUUUGCUGUCGUGACCGCAUCGUCAAGACUUUAUUUUCCUUGCUUGGCACAUCGGCAGUCUCAUCUGGGCCAGGACUUUCACUGUUUAGCUGGAUUCUAGACCUCAUUCCGAUCGUCAACGCCUCUGUACUCUACGACAGGCAAUUUGAACUCGUGGAAGCGCUACAGCUACCUGAUAACCUCAAUCGGCGUGUUUGGUCUGUGUUACCACGUCCGAUGAACAUGUUCGGAGCUGCAAAUGGGUAUGUCGGUCGCUCUGUGUCGACAUCUGUUCAAGGCGAUGUGACCACUCUAUCCGAGAAACCGGGAUAUUCACCCGUAGACACAUGGGGCUUGCUGGACCAUGUGCCGCAGCUACCUAGUGAUGGUCUUGUUCCCGAAGUGUCUACCCAGAUCCCGAAGCGACCGCGGCGAGUUUUUCGGUGCUUGUUGUUUGUGUCGGUGGCAACCCGUAUGUAA